AGAGCGCGCCUGUCCAGUGCCCUGGUUCAAAGUCCCAGCGUCCCAGGCCGGGACCGGCGCGUCCGCGCCCCCGUCGCCCGGCAGGUGGAGCCAGAGCACAGCCGGCGGGUGACUCGGUCCAGGAGUCCGGCCGGGCGGGGCGAGGGGCGGCCCCUGCGUCUCUGGGCGUCGGAGCGCGGCGACAGUCACGCCGCGGGAAGGACGGACGGGCGCGCGCCGGAGCCUCCGUGGCCAUGGCCGAGCCCGCCGCUCGCCUCUGCUGCCUGGGCUGGGACUUCAGCACGCAGCAGGUGAAAGUGGUUGCUGUUGAUGCAGCGAUGAAUGUCUUCUAUGAGGACAGCGUGCAUUUUGACAGAGACCUUCCAGAAUUUGGGACUCAGGGUGGAGUUCAUGUUCACCAGGAUGGUCUGACAGUGACUUCUCCAGUCCUGAUGUGGGUCCAGGCUUUGGAUAUCCUCUUGGAGAAGAUGAGGGCUUCGGGCUUCGACUUCUCUCGAGUCCUCGCCUUGUCUGGGGCAGGCCAGCAACAUGGAAGUAUAUACUGGAAAGCUGGGGCCAGUCGGGUGCUGACAAGCCUGUCACCAGACCUCCCGUUACACGAGCAGCUGCAGGCCUGUUUCUCCAUCCACGACUGCCCGGUGUGGAUGGACUCCAGCACCACAGCCCAGUGCCGCCAGCUGGAGGCCGCCGUGGGCGGGGCCCAGGCUCUCAGCUGCCUCACCGGCUCCCGUGCCUACGAGCGAUUUACAGGAAACCAAAUUGCAAAGAUUUACCAGCAGAACCCCGAGGCCUACUCACACACGGAGAGAAUUUCCUUGGUCAGCAGUUUCGCCGCUUCCCUGUUCCUGGGGUCCUACUGCCCUAUUGACUACAGUGACGGUUCUGGAAUGAACUUGUUGCAGAUCCAGGACAAAGUCUGGGCCCAGGCUUGCCUUGGUGCCUGUGCACCCCAUUUAGAGGAGAAGCUGGGCCCCCCGGUACCGUCAUGCUCAGUUGUGGGGCCCGUUUCUUCCUACUACGUCCAGCGCUACGGAUUUCCUUCGGGAUGUAAAGUGGUGGCCUUCACUGGGGACAACCCAGCAUCGCUGGCCGGCAUGAGGCUGGAGGAAGGUGACAUUGCGAUCAGCCUGGGCACCAGCGACACCCUGUUCCUCUGGCUCCAGGAGCCCACGCCCGCCCUGGAAGGCCACAUCUUCUGCAGCCCGGUCGACCCCCGGCACUACAUGGCGCUGCUGUGCUUUAAGAAUGGCUCGCUCAUGAGAGAGAAGAUCCGCGACGAGUCGGCUUCCGGUUCCUGGAGCGAGUUCUCGAAGGCACUGCGGUCCACGGAGAUGGGGAAUGGCGGAAACUUGGGUUUUUAUUUUGACGUCAAGGAGAUCACCCCUGAAAUGAUCGGGCGUCAUAGGUUUAGUCCAGAAAACCGGGAGGUCCCAGCGUUCCCUGCGGAUGUGGAGAUCCGAGCACUGAUUGAAGGACAGUUCCUGGCCAAGAGGAUUCAUGCCGAGGGCCUGGGCUAUCGAGUCCUGCCCAAGACAAAGAUUUUGGCCACUGGAGGGGCAUCUCACAACGGAGACAUACUACAAGUGCUUGCGGAUGUGUUUGGCGCCCCGGUAUAUGUCAUAGACACCGCCAACUCAGCCUGCGUGGGCUCCGCUUACCGAGCUUUCCACGCACUGCCACGCGUUUGCUUGGUGAGUAUGGAGUGCCUCCUGUAUGCAGGUGGUGUGCGAGGCCCCAGGCGCCAGUGGAGACCCAGGCCCUGGCCUCACAGAGCAAGGCAGGGACCGCCAUCACACCUGUGGCCGGAAACUGUGAGAAGUGCCCUGAGGGAGCCGAUGGUGCUGAGAGGCGGAGGGGCCGGGGAGGGAGCCUCCCAAGCCAGUGCGGUUCUUGGCCGCCGCUUAUCCGAGGACAAAAGAAUAAGUACAUGGAGAGAGAAGAACAUUCCACCCAGUGAAAAGGCUCUGAGGCAGGAGGGAUUGAAAGCCACGGGCUGGCUCGAAUGUAGUGAGUGAUGGAGGCGAUGGGAGGGAUGAGUAAUGUGAGGAGGAGAGGCAGGCGGCCCUCCCCUCUGUUAGAUGCCAGGGCUCAGCCGAGGACCGACAGGUCUGUCAGUGAGCAAGACAAACCAGGCCCUGCUGAGGAGGCCUGCACUUGAGAUUUCUCUCUCCUCUCUCUCUCUCUGUGUUAAUGGUUUUUUCAGGGCACGAUCAUAUGACAUAAGAAUGACCCAGUUGUAAGUAUACAACUCAGUGAUUUUUAAUAAAUUUACUGAGGGGUGCAGCCAUCGCCCUAAUCCCGUUUUAGAGCAUUUUGUCGCCCCAGAGAGAAAAUGCUAUUUCCGGUUAGUGUCCUGGUUUGCAACAUACACUGACGUGAACUGAGCUUUCCU